AUGCUUUCGAACACCCAAGCCCCGACCAUCUUCGACGACGCGACUCGCUCGCCGACAAAGACGUCCAUGCUCCGCUCUAUCUUGCCGUCCAAAGCACACAAAAGAAACACCUCGGCUGGCGAUGCUCUACCAUCAGUCAUGCCAGGAACAAGCUUUAUAGGCAACGCCGGUUUUCUUCCGGCCGAUCACCCCCAUGCUCAGCCGUUGGGGGAAAGAGCACACAAUCGGGACGCCGCGGGUACACAACCCAGGAGGGAUGGGUUGCAUAAGAAGACAAAAAGCUCUGUAUCACUUAGAGCUCUGUUGAGAGACCGCGAGAAGAAAGAGAGUCGGAGCUCGUCGGACUCACCGGAUGAGGAGGGUUCAUUGGGAAAGACGAUGAAGAAGAUGAAGUCUACGGCUAGUCUGUCUGCUAUCUUGAAGAGGUCGAACCGAGGACGCAAAGGCGAGACUGUUGCUGAGCCAAAGGACAAGGAGAACCGACGACCAGUGUCAGAAGUUGUCUCUCCCAUCUGGGCUCAGUUCGCUACCCAGCCAGUGGAAGACCAGACGGGCAAUGUAUAUGUCCCAGAAAGUCAGAGGACAUUGGAAGACGAAAUGUCUCUGUAUACUCCAAAGCAAUACCUACCCUCGAAGCAACGGAACUUUUACGAUAACCAGCCUACUCUUGUCCAGAAGCCUAGACCCAAAUCGGACUAUAUCUCGUCCGGCACAAUGAAGGUCAGAGAAAUGCUCGGACAGAUUCAGCGCGUUCCGUCGGGCAAGCAGCGUCACUCGGAAAAGCAGGCUGAACCUCAGUCUGCACCUGAUGCUCGCUCCAUUCACGAGUCGAAGAGGAACUCUACCCAGAGCGGUGGUCGUGUGAUGGCGGUCGUGUCGGCGUUGGAAGCCAAAGACUCUACUCGUAAGGACCAGGACAGUAAGCAGAUUGAGAGUGAAUUUGAAAAGCUUCUGGACGCACGGAACAUUCCUAUGAAUAUGCGAGACAAGAUGAGAUCGCUUGAUACCAACAUCAAGGCUGACUUUAUCCAAAAGAAUCACGCCGAAAGUUCGAUCCCUAACUCCGCUACGUCUAGCACUUUUGAUAGUGCCGGCCGACGUGGAAGGAAGAAUGAUCGAUCUGCCCCCUCCCAAACUCGCGACAAGAGCUUGCGCUCACUUUCGCGUGCUCGUUCACCAUUUAGCUCUACAAGGGGAGAUACUUCACCUAAGAAACAUCAGAAAUCGAAUAGUGCCAGCUCUUUCAAGCGUCCAAAAUCAGUAGAUCUUUCACGGCCAUACAUGAUGCCUACUGCGUCCGCCUCUUCCACUUCAUUGCAUGCGAAGAACCAGACUGACACUUCAGCGGAUCCGGCCGAUUUUAUACAUUACUUGCGGGAAGUUCAAAAACCUGAGCUGGUCGAAGUAGGCAAGCUACACAAGCUUCGUCUCCUGCUACGGAAUGAGACCGUAGCGUGGGUCGACUCCUUCAUUGCGGGUGAUGGAAUGGAUGAAAUCAUUCAGCUUCUCUACCGCAUCAUGAAGGUUGAAUGGAGGGAGGAACAUGAGGACAACUUACUCCACGAAGCUUUGCUUUGUCUCAAAGCUCUCUGUACGACCUCUGUUGCUCUGCAACGGUUGACGGCCUUAAGCAAGGAGCUUUUCCCGGCAUUGCUGGGAAUGAUUUUUGACGAAGAGAAAAAAGGCCCCAGCGAGUUCACCACUCGAGGCGUCAUCAUCAGCCUUCUCUUCACGCAUCUUUCAACUGCUCCUGAAGGCGAAAUGCCUGCACGAGCCGCGGAGAUUCUGGCCUACCUGCGCGACCCUACCUCCAACAAACACCAGGUUGAGUUCAUCUCAAACAUUUACCAGCCCCGUCCAUACCGUGUGUGGUGCAGAGAAGUGACCAACGUCACUAAAGAAGUUUUUUGGAUUUUUCUUCACCAUUUGAACGUCAUUCCUUUGAGUCGUGACAAUGUUGUUGUUGAAAAGGAAGGAGAUUACUUCAAGAAACACUUCCCUGCACCCAGGCCCCCCGUACCAGCUGCUCCAUAUGUCGGCGGUGUUGAAUGGGACGCUACAAACUAUCUUGCCACGCACCUCGACCUUAUGAAUGGAUUGAUUGCGUGUCAGCCUACGCCCAAGCAGCGAAACGCUCUUCGGGAAGACCUCCGUGCUUCAGGCUUCGAAAAGGCCAUGGGAGGAAGUAUGCGCACUUGCAAGGAAAAGUUCUACGGCGCAGUCCACGACUGUCUGAAGACAUGGGUCUCUGCAGCUCGGGACGAUGGCUGGGAUUUCAAAUUCGUCCGCGAGGGACCAGAACCUGGGUCCCCCAAGAAGUCACCCAUUAAAACUUCCAGCAAGAAGCCUGUUGAAGAGCCACCAAAGCUGGCCCUUGACAUUGACCUGGAGAAAAAGUCUCCCAGUCGCAUUUGCGAUGUUGAUGGGUGGAUUUGA